AUGCUGCUGCUCGAUGAAGGUGCACUCGCCACCGCACUCGGGUAUGCGAGCAUCGGCUGCUGGUUGUGCGCUCAGUUACCACAGGUGAUCAAGAACUGGCAACUUGGGUCGUGCGACGGCCUCAGCUUUCCAUUCCUCGUUACCUGGCUCUUUGGCGAUCUCACCAACCUCAUCGGCUGUAUCCUCACUCACCAGUUGCCUUUCCAGACUUACCUCGCGACGUACUUCUGCUUCGUUGACAUCACCCUCGUGUGCCAGUACUUCUAUUACGCGAAGAAGCCCGCACUCCUCCUCAAGCCUGCCUCCCCGCGUGCUUCGACAACAGCCCUUCGCCACGUAGCUUCGCACCCUCGGGGGACCUCGCCACAUCCGACACCGGUAGGCUCGUUGGGCCGCCCACCAAGUGGGCGGGGACGCAUACGCCCCCAGAUCGGUAUUCCCCAACAUGUGCAUCCCCACACCAUUACCGAGAGCCCUGUGUAUGUGGGACCCUCCGACUCUGUCGAGGCGCUUUAUGCCGCCGCGCUAGACGUCGCGCGCGCAGCGGAGCGCGUGUCCCUCCGUCGUUCCAACUCGGGCCGUCCGCGCGGACGACAAGCUGCCACUAUGCCGCCAGAAGAGGCUGGGCUGUUGCACAGCUUUUAUUCCGAUACCAGCUUGCAUUCUGCAUCGACCGACGAGGACGAGCGUGCGUACCACCGUAUGACGCAGAGCACAGGCUCGCUACUGCACCGCGGGCGGAGCCUCACGCGGAUACGCACACCUGCGAGCGGGACCGCUACCCCAAUGAACGAGGGCGCAGACCGUCUCGACGAGCUCCCUGAAUCGGGCAUGGUCGAGAUACGGCGCGGACGACGUUCCGCGAGCCGCAGCCAGAGCGCCGCGCGCGCGGCGAGAGGGACUGGCCGCCGCGCGGCCACCGUGGCCUUCAUGAGCCUUGGGUUGCUGGUGUGGCGCGCUUCGCCAGCUGUCCAGAUGUACAACGCACCAACCGGGUCUGGCCACGUAGUGGCACGCUUCGAGCCGGCUCCUCCAGAAGCGUCAAACGCCUUCCCCCUCCACAUCCACCCCGUUCCCCUCCCCUUUCCAGAAUCCACAGCGUCCCAGCUCCUAUGGUUCGACGCACCUGCUUCUGAGCCCGGUAAAGACGAUGGUCGUAAGGAGCGUCCCAAGCCCCAGCCCAUCAGCCUCCAGGAGGCCAUCGGGCGCAUCUCUGCGUGGUGUUGCACGACGCUCUACCUUUCUUCGCGGCUGCCGCAGAUCUGGAAGAACUUCCAGCGCAAGAGUGUUGAGGGCCUCUCGAUCCUCCUGUUCUUCUUCGCGUUCCUCGGCAACACGCUGUACGUCGCCAGCAUUCUCCUCAUGCCCGUCAAGCCGGAGGAGUACACGCGCCACGUCCUGCAGUCGCUUCCCUAUCUUUUAGGCUCGGGAGGGACGUUGCUCUUCGACCUCACAAUCAUGUUUCAGGCCUGGCUGUAUGGCAGUUCGCCACCGCUCCCGCCACCGCGCACUCCGCUCGACCGACCUCGUCGCACGCUGUCUUACGGUGCCAUGCCCCGGCGGCGGCGGCACGUUGAGGAGGGACAGCCGCACGAGCGCUCGCGCCUAUUGGGCGGCGGCAGCCCCAUGCGUUCGGCCACCGAGCCUAUGCGCUCCUCCGCGUCACGGCUCAACAGCAUCGACAUGGAGAGCCCCGUAAUGCCUGCGUCUGGUUUGGGUUCGGGAGGGCUGUCCUCCACCCAGUCGGUUGCGACUUCGGCGCUCCAGUCGGCCAAUCAGUCGGCGGGCAACAUCUGCAAGAUCAAAAUGUCGGCCGUCCAGUGCUUCGGCAAGAAGAAGACCGCCACCGCGGUGGCACACGUUACCCCCGGCCGCGGCCUCGUCCGCCUUAACGGCUCCCCCAUCUCGCUCGUCGAGCCCGCUCUUCUCCGCUACAAGGUGUACGAGCCCAUCCUCGUUGCUGGCACCGACAAGUUUGCCAACAUCGACAUCCGCCUCCGUGUCAAGGGUGGUGGCCACGUCUCGCAGCUCUACGCUCUCCGCCAGGCCAUCGCCAAGGGCCUCGUUGCGUUCUACGCCAAGAACGAGGACGCCGCCUCGGCGCUUGAGCUCAAGAAGACGCUCAUCGCCUACGACCGCACUCUCCUCGUUGCCGACCCCCGCCGCUGCGAGCCCAAGAAGUUCGGCGGUCGUGGUGCCCGUGCCCGCCGCCAGAAGUCGUACCGUUAA